CGCUCCGCGGCAUGUGGGAUCCUCCCGGACCGGGGCAUGACCCCGUGUCCCCUGCAUCGGCAGGCGGACUCUCAACCACUGCGCCACGAGGGAAGCCCACCUGAGCACUUUUAAAAACCACCGAUGUCCCGGCCUCACCCACACCGGUUGAAUCAGCACCGCCGAGGAGGGGCGCCGCAGGGUGGGCCUUAAAGCUCCCGGAUGGUCCAAACGGGCGGCAUUUGAGCCUCACAAGGACACCGAAAGACAGGCUCUUCUGGGCUGCCAGCAUCAUGGUCAGAGCUGAAGCCGUACCACAACCAGAGCCACCUGGGGCCUCUCAGGGGAGUCAUGAAAAGAGGCCUUGGGUCAUGGGAAGCAAGCAGCAGAGUCUGGUAGAUGCUUCGGGGCAAGCCUGAUGAACCACCAGGGCAAACACAUCCCGCUGAGUGUGACUAGUCCAGGAGGGGAAUGUGAACACUCUUGCGAUGACUCCCUGGUCACUCAUCUGAGAAACUUCUCAGGGGUCACGUUCCAGGGACAAUCCGACUCUGUGAAGGAACCCUCACUCAACUCCUGCCACGUUCCCCACGGGACCUGGAGGAAAGAUGGUGGUGAUCAAGGCCUGCGUGUUCUUCUUCCUGGUCCUAGAGGUCACCUCUCUGUUGGGUACAGGCUAAGUAUCUACUGUCUAUCUAAUCCCCCACUUGUCAUAAUGAAGUCACUAUGGUCUGGGACCCAACUCUGCAUCUGCCUUAAGCCACAGCAGUGGCACUAAGAUCUGAGGCUGGCUUGUCUAUUUAUUCAUAAUUUAUACCCUGCUUGUUUUCCUAAAGGAUUUAAGUACCAAUAUUAAAACUCACAGAACAGAAUCUUUUAAAUGAGGAGCAGGGUAAGUGUCACUCAGAAGGCAGAAAAAAGAUAAGAGGGUUACCACUGCCCCUGAGUGUUAAAUUUAGCUCUGAGCUUUCUGAUAGCCAAAGCAAAAGGGAUCACUGAGUACUCACAGCCAGAUUUUUGGUUUUAGUUUCAUGAAAAUUCAUUUAGACCCUGUCACCAAAUUUGACAGAGACACCAGAACCCCUUCUGGUCUCCUUGUCCUCUGACCCCAUUCUCUGGUGACACUGAGUUCUCAAGGGAACAGGUGGAGAGAAUUUGCCUGGUGGGCUCCCCAAGGCUUCUAAGCAUCAGAGCUCCCAGCACUAUCCUGUAUACUCUCUCCCAUCUCCCCUUCCUUUCCUGAUUUCUAGCCACAUACUCAGGUAAAGCAAAAAUAUGCUCAAAAUCCUCUCAUAAAGCAGCAAGCACUGCAGGCUUUGUGACCACAGGUGCAGGAACAAAGGCUGUCUCAGCGUCUUGCCAAACCCUACAUGUGCCCACCUCCUGCCUUGCUCUUUCUACCCUGACAGCUGCUGUUGGGAAAGAUGAUUAACAUUCAGCCAUCUGAGGGCAAAUCAGAUUAGUUUGAUUAAAAGAGCUCCUAUCACCCCAAUUAAGCAGCAAAGAGAAUACUGAUUUGGCUCUCUCACGUGAGAGUUAAUUACCUUUCAAAGCUUUUGCAGUGCUCUGCUCUCCCCUUUCUCCUUUCCAUUUGGGAGCCCCCAACGCAGCCUCCGGUGGUGUGGGCCCGGAGGCUCACUGCCUGUGGCCCGAGGUCCCUAUACCCUUCCUCAGGCAGACUUUGCCAGCCUGGGGUCAGAAAAUUAAAGGACCACUCCUCCAGUUAGGCCCUAUGAAGGUGAGGGUGGAUUCCCAAAGCCAAACUUUGCCAGGAGAAGGGAAAUGGACAUCUAUUGUCCAGGUCUUGAGCUUAAAAGGAGUUGCUAACACUUAUUCAGCAAACAUUCUGUGCUAGGCAUUGUUCUAAGUGGAUUUUAUGAAUGAGCUUAUUUAAUCCCUACAAUCCUCUGAGAUAGGAACUAUUAUUAUCCUCACUUUAGGAUGAGGGGUCAGAUGAGUUAAGUAUCUGGCCCAAGGUCACAGAGUCAGGAAGUGGCAGAGUGUCUGGGGCUCACAGUCUCAAUCUCCGUAUACUUCAGAGAUGUUUACUUUGUGUUACCUCAUGGAAUCCUCAUGCCAACUGGACCACCAUAUGUGCAGUGGGAACUAAUAUCUCCAUUUUACAGAUGAGGAAAGUAAGGUUCCAUUCCGCCAAGAAGAACAGGCUCAGACCCUAAAGUAGGAGCCCCAGGUGCUCAGCAGCAUCCCAUGGUCCCUUUCUAGAACAAGAGUGAAAAGAGAACCACCAUUUGUUGACCAUGCACUGCAUGCCAUGUCCCUUUACCUUCACCGUCACCCUGAGUAUGCACCAGGACCCUAUGCUGGGGUGAUUGUUGAUGCAGUUCUAUUUUAUGGGGAAACAGAUUUAAAGGAAUAAAGCUUUUGUGAAGUCACACAGCCAGUAAGUGACAGAGGGGGAUUUGAACCCAUGCCCAGUGCUUAUGUUCCAUCCCCCACAUCACACUGCUUCCCUAUGUCUUGAGAGGCUAGUAGCAGGACCCUGCUGGGCCUCUGUAACUGUUUUGGCCUCUCACUUACCCUCCUGGCCCUCAGGGAGGCAGAUGAUGCUCACUCAGUCGGUGAGAAGAGCCCAGCCUGGGAAGAGGACCUCAGGCAUCUUUGCCAAGCCUGCUGACCCCCUGGACAGUCCUGGGGAGUGGACAACGUGGUUCAACAUUGACCACCCAGGUGGGCGGGGCGACUACGAGCGGCUAGAUGCCAUUCACUUCUACUACGGGCACCAGGUGUGUCCUCGGCCCCUGCGGCUAGAGGCUAGGACCACCGACUGGAUACCCGCAGGCAGCACUGGCCAAGUGGUCCAUGGCAGCCCCCUUGAGGGCUUCUGGUGCCUCAACAGGGAGCAGCGGCCCGGCCAGAACUGCUCCAAUUAUACCGUGCGCUUCCUCUGCCCACCAGGAUCCCUGCGCCAAGACACAGAGCACAGCCUCUGGAGCCUGUGGUCUCCCUGGAGCAAGUGUUCUGCUGCUUGUGGUCACCCUGGGGUCCAGACCCGAACACGCACCUGCUUGGCAGAGACGGUGUCACUGUGCAAUGAUGCCACCGAGGAGGGUCGGCUCUGCAUGGAGCAGGCCUGUUCAGCCUGUGACCUGACCUGCCCCAUGGGCCAGGUGAAUGCUGACUGUGACGCCUGCAUGUGCCAGGACUUCGUGCUGUAUGGGGUUGUCUCCCUCCCUGGGGGUGCCCCAGCCUCAGGGGCUACUGUCUACAUCCUGACCAAAACACCUAAGCUAUUGACCCAGACGGACAGCAGCGGGAGGUUCCGAGUCCCUGGCUUGUGCCCCGAUGGCAAAAGCAUCCUGAAGAUCACAAAGACCAAGUUUGCCCCUAUCAGGCUCACGAUGCCUAAGACUAGACUGAAGGCAGCCACCAUCAAGGCAGAGUUCAUGAGGGCAGAGACUCCAUACAUUGUGAUGAACCCCAAGGCAAAAGCACGGAGAGCUGGGCAGAGUGUGUCCCUGUGCUGUAAGGCCACGGGGAAGCCCAAACCAGACAAGUAUUUCUGGUACCAUAACAGCACACUGUUGGACCCCUCCCUCUACAAGCACGAGAGCAAGCUGGUGCUGAGGAACCUGCAACGGGACCAGGCCGGGGAGUACUUCUGCAAGGCCCAGAGCGACACUGGGGCUGCAAAGUCCCAUGUCGCCCGGCUGACUGUCAUAGCCCCCGAUGAGACUCCUUGCAACCCAACCCCCGAGAGCUACCUUAUCCAGCUGCCCCAUGAUUGUUUCCAGAAUGCCACCAACUCCUUCUACUAUGAUGUGGGUCGUUGCCCUGUCAAGACCUGUGCAGGGCAGCAGGAUAAUGGGAUCAGGUGCCAGGAUGCUGUGGAGAACUGCUGUGGGAUCUCCAAAACAGAGGAGAGGGAGAUCCAGUGCAGUGGGUACACGCUGCCCACCAAGGUGGCCAUGGAGUGCAGCUGCCAGCGGUGUACGGAGACCCAGAGUAUUGUUCGGGGACGUGUCAGCGCCUCUGACAAUGGGGAGCCCAUGCGCUUUGGCCACGUGUACAUGGGGAACAGCCGUGUGAGCAUGACUGGCUACAAGGGCACGUUCACCCUCCACGUCCCUCAGGACACUGAGAGGCUGGUGCUCACAUUUGUGGACAGGCUGCAGAAGUUUGUCAACACCACCAAAGUGCUGCCCUUCAAUAAGAAGGGGAGUGCGGUGUUCCAUGAGAUCAAGAUGCUUCGGCGGAAAGAGCCCAUCACCUUGGAGGCCAUGGAGACCAACAUUAUCCCCUUGGGGGAUGUGGCUGGUGAAGAUCCUGUGGCUGAGCUGGAGAUCCCAUCCAAGAGUUUCUACCGGCAGAACGGGGAGCCCUACACAGGAAAAGUAAAGGCCAGUGUGACCUUCCUGGAUCCCCGGAAUAUUUCCACAGCUACUGCUGCCCAGAGUGACCUGAACUUCAUCAAUGAUGAAGGAGACACCUUCCCCCUUCGGACAUACGGCAUGUUCUCUGUGGACUUCACAGGUGAGGCCACCUCAGAGUCACUUAAUGUUGGCAAGGUAAAGGUCCACCUCGACUCAACCCAGGUCAAGAUGCCAGAGCACUUGCCCAUGAUGAAACUCUGGUCACUCAACCCAGGCACAGGGCUGUGGGAGGAGGAAGGUGACUUCAAAUUUGAAAGCCAAAGGCGGAACAGAAGAGAAGACAGGACCUUCCUGGUGGGCAACAUGGAGAUCCGUGAGAGGAGGCUCUUUAACCUGGAUGUCCCUGAAAGCAGGAGGUGCUUCAUCAAGGUGAGGGCCUACCGAAGUGAGAGGUUCUUGCCCAGUGAGCAGAUGCAGGGUGUCGUGGUCUCUGUGAUCAACCUGGAGCCCAGGACUGGCUUCUCCUCUAACCCCAGGGCCUGGGGCCGCUUUGACAGUGUCAUCACUGGUCCCAAUGGGGCCUGUCUGCCUGCCUUCUGCGAUGACCAGUCCCCUGAUGCCUACUCUGCCUACGUCUUAGCGAGCCUGGCUGGGGAAGAACUGGAAGCAGUGGAGUCUUCUCCUAAAUUCAACCCAAAUGCAAUUGGUGUCCCUCAGCCCUACCUCAACAAGCUCAAGUACCGCCGGACAGACCAUGAGGACCCACAGGCCAAGAAGACAGCUUUCCAGAUCAGCAUGGCCAAACCAAGGCCCAACUCAGCCGAGGAGAGCAAUGGACCCAUCUAUGCAUUCGAGAACCUCCAGGCAUGCGAGGAAGCACCUCCCAGUGCGGCCCACUUCCGGUUCUACCAGAUUGAGGGGGAUCGGUAUGACUACAACACGGUCCCUUUCAACGAGGAUGACCCCAUGAGCUGGACUGAAGACUACCUGGCAUGGUGGCCCAAGCCAAUGGAGUUCAGGGCCUGCUACAUCAAGGUGAAGAUCAUGGGGCCACUGGAGGUGAACGUGCGAUCCCGUAACAUGGGGGGCACCCACCGGCAGACAGUGGGAAAGCUGUAUGGAAUCCGGGAUGUGAAGAGCACGCGGGACAGGGACCAGCCCAAUGUCUCAGCUGCCUGUUUGGAGUUCAAGUGCAGUGGGAUGCUCUAUGACCAGGACCGUGUAGACCGCACGCUGGUGAAGGUUAUCCCCCAGGGCAGCUGCCAUCGAGUCAGCGUAAACUCCAUGCUGCAUGAGUACCUGGUCAACCACCUACCACUGGCGGUCAAUGACAAUACCAGUGAGUACACCAUGCUGGCGCCCUUGGACCCACUGGGCCACAACUAUGGCAUCUACACUGUCACUGACCAGGACCCUCGCACAGCCAAGGAGAUUGCGCUUGGCCGGUGCUUUGAUGGCACAUCUGAUGGCUCCUCCAGAGUCAUGAAGAGCAAUGUGGGAGUGGCCCUGACCUUUAACUGCGUAGAGAGGCAGGUGGGCCGUCAGAGUGCCUUCCAGUACCUCCAAAGCACCCCGGCCCGGCCCUCCCCAGCAAGCACUGUCAGGGGAAGAGCGCCCUCAAGGAGGCAGCGGUCAAGUCAGGGUGGCCAGCGCUGGCGCAGAGGGGCGGCCUCUCUGAGGUUUUCUGGGGUUGCUCAGCAGCCUCUGAGCAACUAAGGCUUGUGGUACUUCCCUUCUCCCCACAGCCAUUGUGAGACUGACACCCAAACUGUCACUUGGUUAACUUAAGCCCAUCUGUUCUGGUGCAACUUGCUCGUUUGUUUCUUCAUUCCCUUUCUUACUGUCUUUGUCCUGUGAUACUGAUUGGCAUGGAGCCCCCAAAAUGUCAAAAUAAAGCCUCUUUGCCCUGUUCUUUACAAGAAACACAGGAAAUUGGCCAUGGGCAAA